UGAAAAUGACAAAGAGUCUAAAGACGCAUCCAUAUAGAGCAGGAGAAGUGCAGUGCAUAAUAUUUUUAGAUGUAGAUCGUAGUGUCAUCUGCUUAUUUAUUAAUCCAAAACGCGUACUUAUAAGAGGUUAUAGUAGUGCGAGUAAUAUGCAGAACAACCCCCAGGAGCUUUCAUGGCAGGCGAUUCAGGCUAUCGUGGGGGUGAAACUUCCUCCUAACGUGCUGCGAUUCGAUGAUAUUGGUUUCCACCUCGUCAAAAAUUCGGUUUCUAGUGCCGAAGACUCCGAUUCAGAUGUGGAAAUCGUCGAAAAUGACUGGGAGUCCGACAACAACGCGUCUUCACGUCCAGACCACUCGGACAAUGAAAAGAUGUCCCCGGAGCGGGCGCCGAGCGAGUCGCCGGUUCUACAUCUCGUAGAGCCCGACAAUAACAAUUUGACCAAAGACUCAUUAGAUUUUAGGAAUUUUUUAGAGAAAAUGGAUACCAAAGAAGUUUCUGAAGGUGAUCAAGGGUCCCAGGUGCAAAAUGACGACGCCGAUAGUUCUAAUGGGAAUGUAAUGUCAAUAGAAAACUACUUGGAGGUCACCCUGUCUACCGAUUCUGAGGCUAGUCAUAUGUGUAGCCAAUGCAACCAGAUGUUUCCCAGUGAACAGCUGCUAUCAGCACACCAGUGUAGUGCCAAACCCACCGAAGAAAAGAAAUAUCCAUGUCAUGUGUGCGCAGAAAAAUUUCCUAGUUACUGGGAGCUAAGAAAACACAUGAACAGUCACUUCCCUGGGAUGCUGGACUCAAAAUCUAGUUUCUGCCACCUCUGUCAGAAGGACUACACCAAAACAGGUUUCAUGAACCAUCUGCGCAAGCAUACCGGUGAGAGACCAUUUGUCUGUGAACUCUGUCACAAAGCAUUCUCACAGUCUAGCUCACUCUCUAUACACAUGAAGUUCCAUCUGAAUGUGCGCAAACAUGCAUGCACAGUAUGCGAGAAAAAGUUUGUAACUAAGAGUGAACUGUCUCGGCAUAUGACUGUGCAUACGAAACAGAAGUCUUAUUAUUGUGGAGUUUGCGAUAAAGCUUUUACCCGCUCUGACAAUAUGAAAAAACAUGAGAAAACCCAUGGGUGAUUAUGUAUACUAUGGUUUUGAACUGUAUUAUGCAUCUGUUCUGGUAGAAGACUUUCAUAUUUUCUGGUAUAUUUCCAAGCCUAUACCUCUUAAAGUUAAAAUACCUUGAAGGAUGCAUUUUACAGACAAUUUUCCCAUUCUCUAAUUGCCAAAAACUUAGUCAAGUAUGUUUGUUUAUUUAUAAUUUGCAUUGUUUUAUACCAAAUUAAAAAAUCAUGAUCUAGUUCAUAAUUUAGUCAUUAUGGUGUGUUUAUGCGAGUGUCCUCACUCUGGUGUGCUGCUGUAGUUGCUUUUGUUUAGGUUAAGGACUUGAUUAUUUAUGCGAUUUAUAUAUGCAUGUUUGGGAUACUUUAGUUUAUUAGGAAAAUGCCUUUACAGGUGCUCUAUAAUAAGGUCACACAUAUCUCAAUCCAAAGUUGCCUUUUAGAUAUGAUAAAGUGAUAUUAACUUGUGGGUAAUAUAGGUCAAAUGUCCAAAGAUUCCGAUAGCCGUCAGCCUAAUGUUUGCUUAAGAUAGCUCAGGCCUAUUGUGAAAUGGGGUCAACAGCACUAAUCAUUGUUCCUGUGUCUCUGAAAGAGCUUUAAAUCUUUAUAUAUUUUGUACAUUUUCUAGAAGGUAAUUAAAAUAUCACUUUGUAAAGGACUCCCAUGCCAAAAUUUAGAUAAGUGUUUUUAUAAGUGACUCUUGUGUCUGUGUUGUAACCAAAGCAAUAAUAUUUUUAAUGUGCCUAUUCUAUGCAUAUGAAUACCUUUUGUAAGGACAAUACCAAAUAAUUUCUUAGAAUAUAUUUAUACAUUAAUGGAUAACAAUAUUUACCACAGAAAAUCAUUAAUUUGUAAUUUUAACCAAUGUAUUAAUUAAAGGGGGAUGAGUUUGCUAAAUGAAUGUUAAUGAGAGAAAAAUAUUGUAAUGUUAUCCCUUUCAAAUGGUCUCAAGUAAUUGUAUUAAUGUAAGCCAAGUGAACAAGUAGAAUGUUUAAAAAUAGUUGGCUAAUUUUUACCAGUUGGUAUAAUUAAAUUGACUGUCAAAGAAACAAGCAUCACAAAAUUAUGAUUUCACUGACUAUGUAAGUACUUGUGGGCACACAUUGGCUAGAAGUAUUUAUAAAAGGGUUGUUUUUACAAAUAUUGUCAUUCAAAUCCUUUUGCUACAUAAAACUUGCCUUCAAGCACCAAAUAGAUAUUUAAAUGAAAUCCCAAAGAUAUUAGGUAUGUAGUUAUUUUUACAAUUGGCUAUAAAACCAAAGCAUUAUAUAUUUGUGCCACUCUUUCAAUUAACUGGUUGUCAAUAUCUUAUAAUUAAUUAAGAGAAAAGCGGUGGUUUAAUUAGGCGUAUAGAUUUACUAUAUUUUAAUAUAUUUAUUGUAUUUAGAUGUUUAACUGCAUGACUUGUUUAUAGAAUAAGGAUUUAAAAUUGAGCCAAGUGGAAAAUACACAAAAUCUACAAGACUGACAAUAAUAUUCAGAGUAGAUAUUAACUGUGCACAAAUAUUUUAUUUAUUGAUGCGACAUCAAUGCGCUGCGAGCGCGAAUGCACCUUGUUGUAGACUCAACAUGACAAUUAGAAAUAAGAUCCGUUUGAUAUGAAUUAUAAAACUGUUUUAUUGAAAAUGUAAUAAUCUUCGAUUUUAUUAAAGAGUUGUUUGUUUCAAA